CACAGAUAAGGAACUGUUCCUUGCUCAUGCCUCUUGGGCUUUUUAUCUCUCUGAGUUUUUAUUCCUGUCACCCCCCAGCCCUGCACCUCCUUUUCUAUUGGUUUGAGUUAUUGGAACAUUUUUAGAGAAAAAAAUAUUAAUGCUUUUGCGCUCAAGGUAGUGCACAAUGCCUUCUAAUUACCGCAGCUUCCGACACAGCGUGCCGUGGCUGAUGCUUCUUCUGGAAGCUGUUUUCAUCGUCGGCUUUUACUUUGUGGGCUCAGGAGAUGAAGUAAUCAGAUCGAGCAUCUCCUACGCAGAUUUUCAAGAUGUCAACCACAUGAUGAUUUUUGGAUUUGGCUUUUUCCUGACAUUUCUGAGAAGAUACGGGUUUAGCAGCACUGGAUUCAACCUUCUGAUCAUUGCUCUUGGUGUCCAGUGCUCCAUACUGACAGAGGGUUUAUUACCUUUCCAGCAUCAAAGUGAAGACAAAGAUGUUCUGAAAACAAUCACUAAGGCUGCUGUGAGUAUGACUGCCGUGGUCAUCUCCACUGGAGCUGUUCUUGGGAAGGCUAAUCCCGUGCAAUUAAUUCUGAUGACAAUUGUGGAGAUAAUGUUUUUUCACACAAGCAGAUGGAUCAACAACACAUUCCUGAUGGUUCAGGAUGGUAUCAGCAUGAUGCAUGUUCUCCUCUUCGGAGCCUACUUUGGGCUGGCAGUCUCCUCACGCUUCUCUGAGCCAUCACCAAGGUCUGAGAAGAAAGCAAGUACCCCAAAGUCGGAUUUAUUGGCAAUGUUGGGUACUCUCUUUCUGUGGGUGUUCUGGCCGAGCUUCAAUUCUGUGCUAGUAACAGCAGACAGGAACAAAGCAGUCUACAACACCUACUUUGCCCUUGCAGCGAGUGCUGUUAUUGCUUUCGUGUUGUCCGUUCUGACCACCAAGGAUGGAAAAUUGAGAAUGGCUCACAUCCACAGCGCGGUGCUAGCUGGCGGGGUCACUGUUGGCUAUGUUGCAGCAAGUAUUGACUACCCUUGGAUUGCGAUGAUCUUGGGUCUGCUUGCCGGUGUGAUUACCAUACUAGGAUCUUAUUGUUUAGAGAGAUGCUGGAAUCCUGUUCUCAAGAUUCAUGAUUCUGCUGGAAUUCAUUUCACUUUUGGCUUGCCUAGUGUUCUUGGAGCUCUUGCCCACGUCGUUAUCUUCGUAAUAAAAAGCUGGAAUCAUGGACCACGACUGGGUUAUUUUGUCAUGUUUCACAUUGGUGCCUUCUGUGUGACCAUCAGCGUUGCCUUGAUAACAGGUUUUAUUACAGGUUUAAUCUUAAACCUCAAGCUGUUUCAGACCAUCCCUGUAUCAAAGUACUUUGAUGACCUGUUUUAUUGGGAGUUUCCCCAUUUGGCUGUUGGAUUUUGAAGGGAGGAACCCAGAGGAUGGAUUUGACCAAGAUAAGAUUUUCCUGUUAGUCUCUAGAAAAAAAGGAACAGCUGUGGUGGGCUGUGAGAGCGCUUACGUUAUCAAUUCUCAGGCUCAAAAAAACCAUUCCAGUGGACACAAAAAAUCAGUGAUGAACUGUUCUAGUGUUCUUGAAAAUCAGAGUGUAAAUUCAUAGAUGCAAACUUACAAAGCGUUUUGCUUUCCUGCUGCAUUGCUCUUAGUGUAAAUAUUUUUUGUAGGCUAUGUACAAAAACGUUGGCUGCAUUCAUCGCUGUAACGGGUGAUCAAUUAAAGUGCUUGGAAACCUUAAGCUCCCAAGCUUAAAUUUUUAACUGCGAAGUUUAAGAGCGCAAAUAUGUAUUUUAUAGUGUAAUUUUUCAUGGAGUACGUACUCAUUUUUAUCUAGUGAAGCAUUAAAGUACUUGUUUUUAAGCUAAAUUAAUUCUGUUGAAGGCCUUGUUAAGCAAGGAUUUGAUGACUGAGCUGGACCAGGGCCAGAACUCUGUGUUUUACCAGACUGAACUCUGAGUUAUCUGACUGCUUAAAGAACAAUCUAUAAUUCCUGGGCACGGGCUGGCUAUCUGGAAGGUCCAAAGGCAAGACGUUCAAUUGUUCUGCUUGCAGAUGGUGACUCUAAAACCAGAGGUAUUACUCGUAUUUAUCUGGCAGCAAAUCUCACGCAGGCUGUCUGCCCCAGGAGUCUGCACCGCUCAAGCUCAGCUGCCCAAAAGGCUCCGGCUGCCCUAACGGUGCAGAUAACUGGAAAGACUGGGCAAUAGUCCUUGGCACUGCCUGGUGCCGAGGCUAAGACCCAAUUUCUGGAGUCUUAUGUUGAGCUGCUUUGCUCUGAGAGAAACAGUGGCUUUGCUGCACAAGCUACAGCAGAGGAUUCUGUUUUCAAGUAGAUUGUGCUCCUCCGUGUUUCUUCUUUGUUUCAAAAUAGUUGAGGUAGAAAACCUCUUCCCAAAAUGAUUCCAUAAUAAAAAAGGUCAAAAUGCAAUUCUUUUUAUUUAUUCAGCACACUUGCUAAAAAAAAAACAAAUAAGGAAAAAUGCAACACUGAAGACAAGGCGUGAGUUCUUUGACACGCACUACAGCAACACACACUGACUUCAGUUCAUUCAUUGGGGAUUAAGCAAAGCAGAUCACUACAGUUGAAGCAGUGUGAGACAGGUCCCAAAACAACUGGUCAUCUGCUGAGUCUUUCAGCUGCCUGCAGCUUCUGCCAGUGCCACAGCCUGGCCGCACACCGAGGUUCAGAUCCCCUCGCAGUAAACACACUGAUGCCUGGGUGAGCAUCAUCCAAGCUCAACUCCAGUUUUUAACUUUCCAGCAACCAACAAACACAACUUCUGCAACACAGACAGUUGUUUUCUAACAGGAGUGCUUUAAGGAAUAGUACUUUAUCCCCCUCUUUUCCCCACAUUGCUUUUUAUCCCUGAUUUCUUGAGCUACUACCCUAAUGAAUGUAUUGAAGGGGCAGCGUCUGUCCCUGGUGGGAGCAGGGCUCUGAUAAAGAGAGAACUCCUCCUUUCUCUUACAGUGGUUAGAAAACAGUUGGGGCAGCAAGCUUUGGGGAUGAGUGACUUCCUUCUAGAGCCAUGACACAAUUGGUACUUGUGCCUCUACAAUGUCAUCCCCAGCAAGAGUAAGCUGCUACUCACCAGAUUUCCUGCUUAUUGUCAUAGAAUAAACUAAAUAUCCAAGGAGGGGGGAGAAUCCCAAAGCUAUAUUAUGCAAGAAAAACCACACACCAGUAAGUUUUGAAAUUCAAAAAAUGGCUACAUUGUCCAGAUAUAGGAAAUAUUUAAUAAAUACAUGUUAAAAAGUUGGUUUAAAGCAUUUUUAGUAAGUCUUGGCUUGUAAAUAACAUCAUAGAAACAGCAGGGUGAAUGCAUCCAUUUUCUGCUAUGCCAUUUACUUGUAGCAAACAUCAUCAUCAUAAAAGUGACUUCACGGUUACUGGUAGCGAGUUUACAUUUGUCAAAACCAUGACAACAUUUAAAUCGGCGUACAAGAGUAAAAAAACAAAACCAAAUACGAACAGAAUUGUUAGUGCCACGAUUUAAGUUUUCCUUGUUUCAUCUUUAGACACAAUUGAAAGUCACUGUUUACAAAAUGGUUUACAAAACUUUGGGGGCGUGCAGUUAAAAAACGAGCAUGGCCAAUGCACUUCCACAGGCAUGUUCAUUGCCACAAAUCUUCUGUGCGACCGAAUUUGAAGACCAGUCCUCU